UCAAUCAUCUUUGUCCCAUAAGACAUUUUUCAAUUUUUCCACGCCAACCCGCAACCGCGUCCAAAAUGGCAGGCGUUGAAAUGGCCCUUUCGGCAGUUGGUCUUGCAAUGCACACAUUCAACGGAUGCAUCGAAGCAUACCAACUCUUCUACACCGCAAGAACAAUGGCAAAAGACAGCGAGCACAUCAUUUCGAAGCUGCAGUGGGAGCAAUUUCGCCUUGAGGAAUGGGAGAAAAGGACAGGCUUGGCCAACUCCGCGGCUCCAAAUGAUAGACUUAACUGGGAAAUCACUUCGUCAAUACUCACGGAACAAAAAGCGCUUUUGACGUCCGCACAAAAGUUGAAACGGGAAUACAAUCUGGACAUUCCGGAAGAGGAGUCGUCAGAGCGGCCAGCGAGGAGUUGUUACACGUUUGAAAUGGGCAGCUAUAGGGAAAUAUCGCGUGAAGGCUGUCAUCGAAGCAAUCAGAGACCUCAACUCGAGACUGGAGGCGCUUCUCGACUCGGCCGAUCGGGAGCUCAUCUAGGAAACACGAGAGGCACUAUUGCGAGAUCUAAUCUCUCGGUCCACGAACCCUCUGAAGUCGAGAUGCUUCAGCGGAUUCUAACUAACGAAGGAGGGGCCAGCAAUACUGUCAUGACAGCAGCAGCGACGCUCAAACACAUUCGACUUAUAGCUGGAUGCGAUAAACGCCCAGAUGAAAUUGCGGACAAGACCCCUUCGAUGUUGAAGUCAGGCACAACUUUCGUGCACAGGCUGAAGCCUGAGCUGUAUUCGGGGUUUCGGGCAGAAGUACUGCCAAAGGCAGGAAUAGAGAUCGCUGCGUACAUGAAGAAUGUCUCCUUGAUCGGAUGGAGAACUGCGGAUUCAAUGCAAUUUGAGGUCCUUGAGGGGCAAAUCCAGUGCUUGGCUUUGCUUCUAGAAGGGAUGGAUGAUCACUCAUUUCAUGGUUUCCGUUGCUGUGGAUACAUGCUAUGGAAAGAAUUCGGGUGCUUCGGCUUGGUUUAUGAACCACCGAUCUCGCUGAGAUCGCUGCCGUCAACUUCCUGGAAGCUGCUCACUCUUCGAGAGCUGAUGGUCGAAUUUGGCGACGUUCCGCUGGAAUUCAGAUAUAGAGUUGCCUUCGAACUUGCGGAGGCAGUGCUCCAGCUCCACACUGCUGGCUGGUUGCACAAGGCCAUCCGAUCUGAAAACGUCGUCUUUAUGACAACCAAUGGCUCAACCUCCGAGGUCUUCGAUGCUGCAUCUUAUCUUGUGGGAUACGGAUAUGCAAGACCAGAUGGCCCCGACGGGGUAAAGAUGACAGAGUUACCAAGUUCAGACCUCAGCCAUGACAUCUACCGGCAUCCGCAGGCAAGAGAGCGGCACGCAUAACAUUUCGGAAGACUUUUGACUUGUACGGCUUGGCAUGCGUGCUGUGGGAACUCGCAACUUGGGAAACGCUUGAGAAUGCUCUUUUCGAUGACUUGACUUCAUGGACGGCUUCGGUAAAGAUCGUAGAAUCGGCAGGCCAAUAUGUGGACGUCCCAUCUCUUGUCGACGCGUUUGACAGGUCUGGAAAUCUGCCAAGAGUGAGACAUGCCGCAGGCUCGUCAUUCCUAGAGAUAAUUAGACAUUUGUUGAAUGUCUCUGGCGAACAUAAAGACAUCGAUGGUCGACAAGAUGGCGAUGAUGACAUCUCUUUGGGGAAACAAA